GAAGAGCCGCUCUCUCUGUUAGGCUCGAUGGUGACGCCGUCGCCUGGUUGGUAGUCUGGCAGCCCUUCCUCGUAGGCGCUGGCGCGCGGUGUCCUGGAACCUCACUGUAUCCCGCCACCAGAGACCCCACAGCUUCCCCUUCCCUCUCUAUUGCUAAACCCUCUUGGAGGUUAUGGAUGAGAAGCCCCAUCCUGGCACUGUAAGUGAGAGCUCAGAGCUGCUUUUCUCCUUUGGAGUCAUAGCAGAUAUUCAAUAUGCUAACCUAGAAGACGGCUAUAAUUACCAAGGAAACAGAAGAAGAUACUACAGACAUAGUAUCAUUCACUUACAGGAUGCUAUCAAACACUGGAAUAAAGAAAGCAGCCCGCCCUGUUGUGUACUUCAGCUCGGAGAUAUCAUUGAUGGCUAUAAUGCGCAGUAUAAAGCGUCAGAGAAGUCACUAGAACUUGUUAUGAAUGUGUUUCAAAUGCUUAAAGUCCCAGUUCAUCAUACAUGGGGAAAUCAUGAAUUCUAUAACUUCAGCAGAGAGUAUUUAACAAACUCUAAACUGAACACAAAGUUUCUAGAAGAUCACAUUGUACAUCAUCCUGAGACUGUGCCUACAGGGAGUUACUACGCUUACCAUUUUGUGCCAUUCCCUAAAUUCCGGUUCAUUUUACUCGAUGCUUAUGACUUGAGUGUCUUGGGCGUGGAUCAGUCUUCUCCAAAAUACCAGCAGUGUCUGAAGAUGCUGAAGGAGCACAAUCCAAAUUUGGAAUUGAAUAGUCCUCAAGGGCUUUCCGAGCCUCAGUUUGUCCAGUUUAAUGGAGGAUUCAGCCAAGAACAACUGAACUGGUUGAAUGAAGUCCUUACAUUCUCUGACAGAAACCAGGAAAAGGUGGUGAUCGUGAGCCACCUUCCUAUUUACCCAAAUGCCUCUGACGCCGUGUGCCUGGCCUGGAAUUUCAGGGACGCCCUUGCAGUCAUUUGGUCUCAUGAGUGUGUGGUGUGUUUCUUCGCCGGUCACACUCACGAUGGUGGCUACUCCGAGGACCCGUGUGGUGUGCACCACGUCAACGUGGAAGGCGUCAUCGAGACCGCUCCAGACAGCCAGGCGUUCGGCACCGUUUAUGUCUAUCCUGACAGGAUGGUGCUGAGAGGGAGUGGCCGCGUCACAGAUAGGGUCAUGAAUUAUAAGAGGAAAAACCUUUUCCAUUUUUAGUCUGAUUUGUUUUAUCUUUAUAGAAAAAGGAUGGCUUUGGUUUGUGUUUUUGUUCCCCUACCCCACCCCUAAAUCCUCAGUGUCCUUGUUACUCUGCUGGCUUCAGCGUGUGUCAGCUCACAAGGCGUUCUGAAAUGUCAUUUCUGGAUCAUAUAUCUAGCGCUGAAAAUCGGAAAGAAGGUGAAUGAAUGUGACCCAGGGAGGAGACCGGGGGGCGGGGCGGGGAGGGUGGUGAGAGUCCUCGAAACAGACUGUAUUGUAGCCUUACCUGAGUUUUUAAAAAAAUUUUUUUCCUUUGUACAAGGAAAAUAUGCUCAUGUAGUAGCUAUGAAACUUAAAAUUCAUAAAAAAAGAAAGUAAGCUCAGGUAAAGCUUUUUUUUUAACCCUGCUAUGCAAAUGAGCCUUGGACAUAUUUUUGCUCAGAAUAUCCAUCAUGUUGUACUUUUACAGACUUGCGUUCCUAUAUUGUAGACCAAAGCUAUCAAGUUGCUUCACAGGUGACUGAAUGGUGCUCCCAUUCACACGGGUGAAUGUGUGCCCUCCCGUGUGAGGCUAUAAAAAGGGCCUUUAGGGAAGGUAUGUGACUCUCGUGACUCCAACCAAAGCAGAAGCAAGUGCCAGUGCAGCUCUGUGCCUGCUGCCGUGGCCUGUCUGGGCCACCGGCCAGUGCUGCGUGAGGACAGCAGCCAAGUGAAUGUACCUUUGACUCCCUUCACAGAUAAGCGGGACACGUUAACUCCGCUGUCGUAGCUGCUAAGGCUUACUUGCAGAAACACGCACUGGGCGGCCAAGGGGGCCUGUUGAAGUGGAGAGGAAGUCUGAUUCAGGGCUUAAAACCAGCAAGAGAGAAACCAGUGCCAGUCGACACAGGUGUGCGUGGUGGGGGUACAGGCACGGGCGCUUUCUGUGGCUGCUGUGGCAAAUUCCCACAAACUGGGUGGCUUAAGUAACACACAUUUGUUCUCUUACAGUUGUGGAGUCAGAAGGCUGAAAUUACUGUCACUGGGCUGAGACCAAGAUGGUGAUAGGGCUGUGCUCCCUCGGGGGCCUGGGGGCGGAUCCGUUUCCUUGCCUUUUCCAGCUUCUGGAGCUGCGUCUCUUGCAUUCCUUGGCCUAUGGCUCCCUCCCUCCAUUGUCACAGCCAGCAAGGUCACGCUGUCAGAUCUCUUUCUGCUUUGUUGUCACAUUGCCUUUUACUCUUCUAUCUAGUCAAGUCUCUGUGUCUCUCUUCCUCUCUCUCUGUCUCACAAUUGUGAUUACAUUGAGGGCCCACCAGAUAAUCCAGGACCAUCUCAUCUUCAGAGCCUCGACUUGAUCACGUCUGCAAAGCCCAUUUUGCUAUAAAAGGUAACAGUCAUACACCGUGGGGAUGAGGGCCUGGAUAUCUCGAGGGCUGCCGUUCGGCUUACCUCAGCGAUGGCUGUACUGUACUCCCUGCUUCGCCGACUUUGUGAACAGACAGAUCCCUGGAUGUACGUGUGUGAAGACAGGACUGUGGGAAUGUGGGGCAGAAGUUUAAUUUUGUUUGAAGGGAUGACUUGAAACAAAAAUGGUUUAAAUGGGUGUGGAGGGGCAUUUCAAGUAGACAGAACAGCGCAGGCGGAGGCCGGGAAGGAUAUGCCACAUCUAGGAGCGGCACGUACUGCUGUGAGGUCUCCAGAAGAGCAAGCAGGGAGAGGUUAAGCUUCGGCUGUGUGGGGAGCAGCCUCGAAUGACCAGCCCAGAGUUGGGAUGUAUCUCGUCCUCCAGUGCGAGGACCCGCGGGCGCCUGCGUGGGGCGCUGUGCGAUCAGGGUUGCGUCUCAGUCCAGGCCGCAGGGAACGGGAGGCUGGUGUGGAACGGUGACAAUGGCAGGAAAAGACUGGGGGUGAGAGACAGGCUUUGAUAAUAGACAUACUAAACUUACUAAUAAUACUUAAAUUCAUCUGAAAAGUAGAGUUUAAAAGCAAUUAAAGGCAGUACUCUCCUUUUACAUACCUAUGGAGAUUUAAAAGGAACUAUAUAUUUCCAGAAUUCAGUGUGUUACGGGCGAUGUAGGUAUGAUGAAAGUGUGGUACUUCUUUUUUUCAAAUUGGAGCAUUACCAUCUCUUAAGCACAGAAUCAAGCAUUACUCGGAGGACGGGCGGGUCCCAUAUAGGUAGCAUUUGCGAGUAAGUCCAUUUCUUCAUAUAUGACCUUCAUAGUUAUACUAGAAGGUAUAAAAGUCAUAAAUACUAUACGACCUAAGUGUAUACUGGAACAUUGAAAUACUUUAUUGACUCUCAAAUUUCACUUCAAUUGCUUUCAUAUCAACAAGAUUUUUUUUUCAUUUUAUGUUAUCCAAAUUUUAAAUCAAGAAUUUCUGACCGGUGGCCAUUGCAUAAACCAAACAGAACACACGCAUACCUUUAACAAACAUUUAUAAUAGAACACUUAAUAGAGACGGACUACCAGGCGCACUCCCGCUCUCCUGACAUACGACUGGUGCUCACGCUUUUUGGUGAAACAGUUCCCAGGUCUCGCGAAGCAGGGCCUUGGCCGCCAAGCUGGAGGGCAGCCUGUGCGCAAGCGCGGCCCCCCAUCUGCACUCGGCAGCGCUGAUGCGCAGAAAUACAACGCGUGCCCCCGGAGGGGGGGGGUUAAAUAUUUUAGCAGUUGUGUUUAAAAAGUAAACAAGCAGAUAAAAUGAAUUUUAAUAAUUUAUUUACCCCAGUAUAUCUAAAAUAUUUCAACAUGUAAUCAAAAAAUUUUACAUUUUUAAUACGAUGUC